GGGAGGAGCGGCCGCGGCGKCGGUGCUCGGAGCUGGGCUGCUCUGCCGGGACCGGGACGAGGACCGGGAUCGGGAUCGGAAUCACAAUCAGAACCGGGAUAGGGAUCAGAACCGGGAUUGGAACCGGGAUUGGAAUCGGGGCGGCGGAGCCGGGAGGGUGCCCCCGAGCUGCGGGGCGGGGUGCGGCGUUCAGGGCUGCGCGCCCGCGGCCGGGGCACGGCUCCGCUCCGGGACAGCGCGGCACCGCUCCGCGCACCGCUCCGCACCGCCCCGCGUCUCUCUGCACCGCACCGGGUACCGCUCCUCGCCUCUCCGCACCGCCCCGCUCUCUCUGCAGCGCACCGGGUACCGCUCCUCGCCUCCCCGCACCGCAGCGCGGCCCCGCUCCGCGCGAUGCUGCCCGGGCGCUCCCCGCGCCGCUCCGCCUGAGGUGGGCGCGGGGCGGCCAUGCAGCCCUCUCUGCCUUAGCUGAGCACGGCGCUCGGGCAGGAGCCCGCGGCCACCCCCCGGCGGCACCGGCACCAUGAGGAACGGCGAUGACCUGGAGGGUUUCGAUGGCGAGGCGUCCAGCGCCUCCAUGAUCUCGGCGGCCAGCAGCCCCUACCAGCCCACCACGGAGCCCGUCAGCCAGCGCCGCGGGCUGGGCGGCCUGCGCUGUGACCUGGACUACCUGCGGAGCACCCUGGGCAGGCUGAAGCUGGCCGAGGUGCUUUUGGCACUGACUGCGUUCAUCUGCAUCGAGACCAUCAUGGAAUGCUCCCCUUGYGAAGGCCUUUAUUUCUUUGAGUUUGUGAGCUGCAGUGCACUGGUGGUUACUGGAGCUCUCCUGCUUUUGUUCAGUCUGAACCUUCACACAAGAAUACCCCAGAUCAACUGGAAUCUUACUGAUCUGGUCAACACUGGACUCAGCACUUUCUUCUUUUUCAUUGCCUCUGUAGUACUUGCUGCUUUAAACCAUAAAACUGGAGCAGAAAUUGCUGCUGUGGUGUUUGGUUUCCUGGCAAUGGCAGUGUAUGCUGUGAACACCUUUUUAGCCAUCAGAAAGUGGCGGAUCAGCAGCAGACAGCAGAGCAGCCGCCAGAGCAGCGACUACAUCCGCGCUCGGACAGAGUCCAGGGAGGUGGUGCAUCGGCCCGAGAUCCAGCGCCUGGACGCGUGACAGUCACCCCAGCUGCCACUGCAAAGGGAAAGGAAGCACUCAACUCCUCAUGGAAUAAGGGUUUAGUUAAGGAGGA